GCAGAAUCAAAGCAGAAUUCAUCUUUGUGGCACGGCACACUACUGCUGGUAUUCUUUUCAAUUCUUGAAUAUCGGUAUUCCGGGCGGGUCGCAAAUAUUUUAAGCAUGAUUUAUGACUGUUGAAGUGUGUGUUGUAUUUAACGUGACCCUUGCUGACCGCCCGCAGCCACUACCGCAGUGUUUUAAUAGACAAUAAAAUGUCAAAAUAAUAUUAAAGUUUGGAGUAGUUUUUACAAUAAUUUUCGACUGUUUGUUCGUAGUAGAAGGUACGCGGGCGAAAUGAGAGUUUGUUGUUUUAUAUUGUUAUACGUGUGUAGUGUAGCGAGUGCAGGGGACAAGGAAGCUGAAGAGGAUGGUAACAGGAAAAGAAUAAUCGAGCAGUUGAUUAGAACACGCACGGUGCUACUUGACGACUACCAUUUGGUGACUAGACAGAUCGCCACAGAUGUAUAUAUGUUUAGGAGCUAUCGCACUGUUUCUGUUAUAUUUUACCCCGUGAUGCGGGGUGUCACCGAUGCCCGCUUUACAUUCCAGUCGGAGGAGCUGCAUUUGAAUAAUAUUGGGUCGUGCAGCCCUCAAGAGGUAAUUGUUAAUAUCAAGCAUGGCGCGUAUCCUGCGGUGAAUCCAGAUGGCUACGACUUCCCAAAGGGUUUCGUGGACCCGGCAACCAGGGUUAGCAUUCAUACGCUCGAGCUACUCUCAGAUGGUCUGAACCGGACGUACUCGAUAAAGAAUCCGAGGCCCGGCAACUGGUAUGCUCUAGCUUACAUCAAAUGGGAGGAUCCGAGGACGCAGAAAGUUGAGCAGCAAGGUCUUGUUGCUGACUGCCAAACGAUACUGUACACAGAUCUGCAAGUGAAAAGAGAAAACAAUAUAGAGUUAAUAGACUGUUACAAUGGCAUCACUUUGGACUACUCCCAAAUACCCGCCUUGUUCAAGUGCAUGUCUAUAGACAGCACGGAUCCCAUAGCCCUAAAUAUAACGAUAUUGAAAGCUGGCAGUGCUACCACAGAGAUAGCGUUUAAAGUGCAAGCAUUGUCUUUGCCGACAGAGGAGAACUAUCUCGUGUCUUGCGCGUUCGAUCCAACAGCGGAUAAUUUUCAAACUGUCACAUUCUACCCGCAUCCGAGCGCAUGGCAUUACAUUCAGUUUGACCAUUUCAAUGAUACCUCGAAGAUAGCUGAUUGCGAAUCCUAUUACCUCCAAACGGAUGUAGAGGAAGUCAACAAUAACACUGUUUUUGACCUUAUGCGCGAUGAUAAAGGUAGAUUUUUCACUUUCGACUACGGUUUACCCACAACGGAUUUGCAAGAUGCUACUAGUUUAAUCAACAUAACCUCUGGUGAAAUUAAAAGUGUAAGAUUCAAGGUCAACCAGUUCUUGGAUAUAGGCGGCAGUCUUGCUAUAGAAGCGAGCCUGCUCAUGAGCAUCAAGUAUUAUAUGGGAUUCAAGAGGGAGCUUCAAAAGGGAUCAUUACUUGCCUUUACUGAAGACAAUCAGUAUUUUAAAGCUGUGAUUUGCUUAGAUAUUGGCCAUGCGAGUAUACCAUUAGAUACUGGCCACUGUAAGUACAACGAUCAAGUGAAGCCAGCGUUGUUUGUGCUGAACAGCACCGAUUCCGAUACGAUACAUGACAAAACUAUCAUUCCCUUCCCUGACAGUGGUACUUGGUAUUUGACAUUGAAACUGUUCUGCGAUAAAACCGUUUGUCCCUGUCGCACUUUCGACAACGGUACGAAGUAUUACGUCGAGUCGGAUUCAAUAGAUAAAGACGGUGAAGUAUAUUCGACUGAUUUGGGAAACAACACGAGGCAGGGGACUUCCGAGUGUAACUCUACAGUGGUGCUCUCUGUGUCUUCGACGUCGUGUGUGGGUGGGAGAUGCAGUAACCAUGGCAACUGCCUGCUGAACACCUUCGGCGGGCUCGUAAUGUCAUAUUGUUCCUGCUCAGCAGGCUACGGAAGUUGGGACUGCUCCGACGACUCUAGGAUGGACAGCAGGUUAUACAUGCUCGUCUCCAUACUGCUCCUCACUUUGAGUAAUCUUCUCUUCAUAUUCUCCAUCUACGUAGCCCUCAUCAGGUUAUACUACACCGAAGCAAUGAUGUAUGCCUUCACAAUGGUCUUCUCGACAUUCUACCACGCGUGCGAUGCGCCAGCGCAAGUGGCUUACUGCAUGGUGAGAGGUAACAUUCUCCAGUUCGGCGACUUCUACUGCGGUCUCAUGUCUUUCUGGGUGACGCUCCUCGCCAUGAGCAUCGUAGGCGAUAAAUUCAGAUCCUCCAUCCAAUUAAUAGGUGCAAUAGUGAUAGCGUUGCUAACAACUUGGAACAUGCAUUCGUUCGUGGCCUUCUUACUCCCCGUUGCUGUCGGUGUGGGAGUGCUAUUACUCUCCUGGUAUUUAGAUUAUCGCAGGACGCGCAUUAUGCGCUACCCCAGAUCGUAUUACACCAUUUACAUGCCCCUUGGCCUAAUUCUAGUUUCUGUAGGUUUAAUUUGCUACGCUUUCCUGCAGACUGAACAAAAUUACAAGAUCGUCCAUUCCAUAUGGCACAUGAUAAUCGCUUUGAGCGUAGUUUUCCUGUUGCCAGACGUGAGGAGGAGCGAGGGUCUCAACCCAUUCGUUCCCAAUCCGAAUUCAUGUAAACUGCCAUUUUGCAGGGUUUUCAAUCGAUCUCAGCCUAUCGCUGCGGACUAAGUCUGCUAUUGUUUACAUUUUAACCGUUUUGUAUAAAAAAAGGUGCAAUUAUUUAUAGUUUGUAAGUAGUAAAUGUUACUGCAAAGCAUUUCUCCUCCUAGUCAGAAAUGAGUACAGAAGAGAUUUUUACCAUUUUUUCUUUAUUUCAUUUGUAAGUGUGUUGUAGAUUUUAUUGUUUUAUAGUGUAAUCAGAAUCAUGAAAUAGUCGGAGGACAAUAGCUAUAUAGGGUAAAUAAUACUUAUUAUACUGAUCAAAUACAAGAAGACUGUGAAAUUUAGCAAAUUGAUAUUGGGAGAUAAACAUUAUAAGAGUACAUUGCCCCAUUUAAUGACAUUAAGUAAACCAAUUUUAUUGGUGUAGCUGAUUUCGUACUGGUAAAUUUUAAUGUUUAAGAACAGAUGUGUAAAUUAAAAUCAAGUCCAAAUGAUAUGACUUGUGGUAAAUAUUGUAUUACAAUUUAUUGUGUUUAAAUAAUUAUUUAAAAAAUGGAUCUAGUUAGCUGUGGUUAGCGAGCUCUUAGUAAUUUAAUAUGUUGCCUGUUUUCGUACAAUAAUUGUUAUUGAUAUAGUGUAACAAGGCUUUUAACCGACAAAUUUUCGUGACCAUUAAACAAAUAGAAUACUGUCAAAUAUUUUUCCUCCAAAUACAGAAUAUUAUAUGAGAUAAUUGUUUACUCACCGAAUCAUUGCCCAAAACGUGUUUACACUGAAAAAAAACCGCCUUAGAAUCUAUGCUUAAUACAUUUCUCAUUAUAUUUAUUAUUUUCCGAUAGACGAAUUUAGUAUUUAUUAAUUAUAUUUGUUAAAUAAUACCAAAGCAGUUAUUAAAAUAUUUUAGGAGUUAUUGUUUGUUGAAAAGAAAAUUAGUACCUAUCUGAAUUUAUAAUUACGUGUUAUGAACCGUAUUACACUGUAUCUCUUUAUUAGUUGCUUAUGAAGUCAGG